AUGUCAACAAAAAAAACGUGUCGAAUAUGCCAAGAAACAAAAAACGAAGAAGAUGUCAUAGAACUGAAUUGUCAUCACGAAUUCUGUUCAAUGUGUAUGAUUGUCUACCCGGGAACCCUAUGUCCAGCUCGAUUUUGCGAAGGAACUCGAGCCACUGAUGUUGUUGUUGAUGAGAUUUCUGGAAUCAAUAUGGAUUCGAAUGAGAAUCGAGCGAUUGUUAAUCAUUUUGGAGCUGGUGGAUCAGGUUCAUCAUUUUCAAGAUUGGAUAUUGGAGAAAAACAAAAAUGCGAUUCGUUUCGAAAAACUCAUCGAUGUGUGAAUAUUGCGAGAAUGUGUCUGAUUCAUUGUAGACAUCGAUUUUGUUAUGAUUGUUUGAUGGCUAAAAUUCAGUUUGCUUUUGAUAAUAGUGAGUUAGAGCUAGUUUUCAGCUGAAAAUUUUUUCUUCAAAAUAAAAAUCCACUGUUUCAAAAAUUUAUCAAAUUUUUCUGAUUUUUCGAAAACAACCCCAAACUGAAACUGAAUGUUUAUUUUCAGAAUCUGGAAAAAUUUGUGGAUUUUUUGAAACAGUGAAUUUUUGAAAACAUUUCUAAAAGGUUGAAUUUUUCACAAAAAAAAUCGAAGAAAAAGUUCACUGUUUCAAAAAUUUUAUAAAUUUUUGAACAUGAAAAAUUUUUCCCAAUCAAGCAAAAUUUUUUUAUCUGAAAAUCAUGAAUCCACGUGGCAAAUCCUCUGAAACUUCCAAAAAUAAUUUCCCACAACACAAUGUUUAUUUUCAGAAUCUAGAAAUAUUUGUGGAUUUUUUGAAACAGUGAAUUUUUGAAUGUUCAGAAAAUCAUGUUUUUUUUUGUAAGAAAAAUUCACUGUUUCAAAAAUUUCACAAAUUUUGAGGAUGGCAUUCAUUUUUGAUUUUUUUAUGAAUCAUGUCGGAUCAAGGAGAAAAAUAUGCCACGUGGCAAAAAUUAUAAAUUUUUCCGCGCCAAAUUCAAUUCUUCCAGAAACCAUCGCAUAUUGUCCAAUGUCACGCUGUUGUAAUCGUCUCUCACCAUCCGAAAUACUGUGCAGUAUGAGUCAAUUCUCCUCGCUCAACUCUUUCGAUUUAUCAACUCAACAACCAUCGGAUCAAAUCACAAAACUUCAAAAACUCUGCGAAGCCUUCGAAAAACAAUCGUCAAACUCCAAUUUCUCUCAAGAAUCUCUUCCACCAUCAAUUAUAGUUCCAGCAACUCCAAAUGAGAUCAAUAUCGAUUGUUUUCUAUAUGGCCAUGAGCAAAAUAAAAAAUCGAUAAUUUUUCCGAAAUCCGCGUUUAUUGUUGACGCAAUUAAGGCGGUUUUUCAACUACACCACAUUUUAAUUGCUAAUUCAUUAUCCACAAUUGACGUGUUUAUUCGGAAAAAAUGCGGCGAGAAAAAGGAGAUGAAAUAUAAAUACGAGAAGAUUAUUGUGGAGGGAAAAUGCUCAUUGAAAGACGCAUUGUGGACGAAUACGGUAAGAAAAAAAGCGCCGGAAACGAAAUUCGAAUUCUUUUUCAGACUACAAUUGUGAUUGAUGCGGAUUGUCAAAUCUUGAAAGCUAGGAGAAUGCGUUGA